AUGGAGUUCUGCAGAAUUCACAUACUAGCUUUUGUAGCUUUGUUUCUAUUUCCAGUGGCUCAUGGAUGGGGAAUCGAUGGCCAUCUCAUUGUUUGUCGAAUUGCUCAGCCAAGGUUGGGCAAAGCUGCAGCAAAUGCUGUGGAGAAUUUAUUGCCAGCCUAUGCAGAUAAUGAUCUGGGGAGCGUUUGUGCGUGGGCAGACCGUGUCAAGUUCCAUUAUCACUGGUCGUCCGCUCUUCAUUAUAUCGACACCCCGGAUAAUCUCUGCACAUAUCAAUACAGCAGGGAUUGCAAAGAUGAAGAUGGCAUAAAAGAUAGAUGUGUAGCCGGCGCUAUCAACAACUACACCACUCAGCUUCUCAGCUAUGGAAAUGAAAAUUCUGCUUCUCAGUAUAAUUUAACAGAAGCACUUCUCUUCCUUUCUCAUUUUAUGGGAGAUAUUCAUCAGCCUCUGCAUGUAGGAUUUACUUCAGAUAGGGGUGCAAAUACAAUCGACGUCCACUGGUACACGAGAAAAACAGUUCUUCAUCAUGUGUGGGACAAUAGCAUAAUCGAGACAGAAGAAGAAAGAUUCUAUGAUUCCAAUGUAAAUGAAAUGAUUGAUGCAAUCCAGAAAAACAUAACGACAGUAUGGGCUAAACAAGCAAAAGCAUGGGAGGCCUGCAGCAAGACAACUUGCCCAGAUAUAUAUGCAUCAGAAGGUAUAAAAGCAGCCUGUGAUUGGGCAUAUAAAGGUGUGCAUGAAGAUUCAGUGCUCGAAGAUGACUAUUUCCUUACCCGUUCACCAAUGGUCAAUUUGCGGCUGGCUCAGGGUGGAGUUCGUUUGGCAGCAACGCUUAACCGCAUAUUUGGAUGA